ACAUCCAGGAACUGAUCGAGGUGGAUGAUGUGAUGGAGGAUGGCUCCCUGAGCUUCGGUCUCAAUGGAGGACUGGUGUUUUGCAUGGAGUACUUUGCCAAUAACUUUGAGUGGCUGGAGAACUGCCUUGGCCAUGUCAAGGAUGACUACAUCCUUUUUGACUGUCCAGGUCAGAUUGAGUUGUACACACACCUGCCCGUGAUGAAACAGCUGGUUCAGCAGCUGGAACAGUGGGAGUUACGAAUUGAUGACUACAGGAUGGUCCGAUUUUUGCCUUACGAUCACUCAGAUGAAGAAAGCAUGAACAUUGUAUUACAGCAUAUUGAUUUUGCCAUUCAGUACGGAGAAGACUUGGAAUUCAAAGAACCCAAGAGCACCUACUGUGCCACCAUGGUCCAGCUCUGUGAAGCCCUCAGCCGUUCUGUCCAGGUGGUGAACUUAGAUCCCGCGGCGGAGCAUUUCAACUAUGAUGUGAUGGCUGACAUCCGGGAACUGAUCGAGGUGGAUGAUGUGCUGGAGGAAGGCUCCCUGCGCUUCGGUCCCAAUGGAGGACUGGUGUUUUGCAUGGAGUAUUUUGCCAAUAACUUUGAGUGGCUGGAGAACUGCCUUGGCCAUGUCGAGGAUGACCACAUCCUUUUUGACUGUCCAGACAUCCGGGAACUGAUCGAGGUGGAUGAUGUGAUGGAGGACGGUUCCUGCGCUUCGGUCCCAAUGGAGGACUGGUGUUUUGCAUGGAGUACUUCGCCAAGCACCUACUGUGCCACCAUGGUCCAGCACUGUGAAGCCCUGUGCCAUUCUGUCCAGGUGGUGAACUUAGAUCUCGCAGCGGAGCAUUUCAACUAUGAUUUGAGGGCUGACAUCUGGGAACUGAUCGAGGUGGAGGAUGUGCUGGAGGACGGUUCCCUGCGCUUCGGUCCCAAUGGAGGACUGGUGUUUUGCAUGGAGUACUUCGCCAGUAACUUUGAGUGUCUGGAGAACUGCCUUGGCCAUGUCGAGGAUGACUGCAUCCUUUUUGACUGUCCAGGUCAGAUUGAGUUGUACACACACCUGCCCGUGAUGAAACAGCUGGUUCAGCAGCUGGAACAGUGGGAGUUACGAGUCUGUGGAGUGUUUCUCAUUGAUUCUCAAUUCAUGGUGGAGUCGUUCAAGUUUAUUUCUGGCAUCUUGGCAGCCUUGAGUGCUAUGGUAUCUCUAGAAAUCCCGCAAGUUAACACCAUGACAAAAAUGGACCUGCUGAGUAAAAGAGCUAAAAAGGAAAUUGAGAAGUUUCUAGAUCCAGACAUGUAUUCUUUAUUAGAUGAUUCUACAAGUAACUUCAGAAGCAAAAAAUUCAAUAAAUUGACUAAUGCCAUAUGUGGGCUGGUUGAUGACUACAGCAUGGUCCGAUUUUUGCCUUACGAUCCGUGAGAAGAAAGCAUGAACAUUGUAUUACAGCAUAUUGAUUUUGCCAUUCAGUACGGAGAAGACUUGGAAUUCAAAGAACCCAAGGAACAUGAAGAAGAAUCAUCUUCUAUGUUAGAUGAAUAUUUUCAAGAAUGCCAGAACAAAUGA